CCUUCUUUUUUCUUAAAAAUCCUCGACAUCCUUAUAAAAGAAUUAGUAAUCCAGCAGCCUUUAAAACAAACAGGGUUUUCCAAACUUAUCUCACUUUGUGCUAACCCUUCCAGCAAAGAUGAAGCUCUUACUAAGUCUAGGAUUAACGUUAGUUCUUGCAACUUUGACGCUUGCUGAACCUCCGUGCCAUACCAGCGAGUUGAUGGCAUGCGUGGACAUAGUCAUUAACUGGUCGCAUACUCUUCCAAAGAGGUCCUUACCUGUGUCAGAAGAUGAAGUUAAGGUCGAAUGCGAAGCCUUCACCAAAGCCAUGGACUGUGCUUUCAAAUUCCGAGACAGCUGUGUAACGCCUCUGCAGAAGGAAGUUCUUGGCCUAGUAAUUGAGGGAGCACAAGAAUUUGUAAAAGAUUUCUGCACCGUUGGAUCUGCAACUCGCCUAAGAUAUCUAGAACAUGCUCCUUGCCUAAACAAAGUGUCUCAAUCAGAUGAAACGAAAACACAAAUGGAGUACGCCUUAGCUGUUGUGGAAUCUUUGAACAAACAAUCAGAAAAGGAUUUUAUCAUGUAUUCAUGCUGUGGUUAUAGGAAAAUCUACAACGCAUUCUUGAAGAUGGGUAAAGACACUUGCGGUAAGGAAUCUGUAGAUCCUGUCUUAGACAUGAUCCGAUUGGUCGCCGCUCAGUUGCCAGAUGUUAUCUGCAACGGAAUCGAAGGCAACGAAGAUAGAUGCGUGGCACUUCUGCCAGCAGAUGGCUCUAAAGUUUCAGCUGAUGCCCAGAAGACAGCACUCUUUACAUUCUUACAUAACGCACUCAAAAACUGGUUGGAUUAAUCCUUUUCUAGUUUAUAUAAAGAUAAUAUGUUGAAAUAUUGUCUGUUGUUGUUGUAAAAGAAUCUAAUAAAAUUUGUUACGUUUUCCUAUA